CUCUCUCUCUCUCUCUCUCUCUCUCUCUAGAUCUUCUCAUGGCCGUUGCAUUGAACAGCUCUUCUCCUUCCCAUCUCAGCAAGGGCUCGAAAAUCUCCAUGGGUUCUUCUCCUCGUCUCAGCCCAAGCUCAGAUAAACGCUUCUGGAGCUCCCUACGCAGCCGUGUAGAUACCAUUCUCGAGAAUCGAAAGCGCAAAAACACUUCCACGGAAAUAGGAGAAUCCGAACGCGAGGAACGGUUCAAAGAAGAUACCUUGCUUUUGCUCCAAGGCUUCGAUUCAAUCUCUUCUUCUCUGUCUCAGCUUACAGACAAUUUAGAUGCAGCAGCACAGGGAGCUAGCGAUCUAGCUCAACCCUCGUUGACAGAAUUGCUGCAGAGAGAGCCUAAAAAAUCAGAAGAUGAAGAAGGAAUACGACCGAGGGUGAAGAGGCAAUGCCCUUCUAAUGAAUCAUCAGAAGAUGAUGAGGCUGCCAUUCGAAAUGAAAACAAACAAAGCCCAACAAAUGUUGCAAAGAACGAGCAAAUGAAGAAGGCUCGAAAUCUUGCGGUUUCCAUGGCAACUAAAGCAGCUUCGCUUGCACGGGAACUAAAAUCGAUUAAAUCAGACCUGUGUUUCAUGCAAGACCGAUGUUCUCUUCUUGAGGAGGAAAACAGGAGGCUCCGAGAUGGAUUUUCAAAAGGCGAGAGACCGGAUGAAGAUGAUUUGGUGAGACUCCAACUGGAGGCACUACUUGCUGAGAAGUCCAGAUUAGCAAAUGAGAAUGCAAAUUUAACUAGAGAGAAUCAGUGUCUUCACCAGCUUGUUGAGUAUCACCAGUUGACAUCUCAAGAUCUGUCAGCAUCAUACGAGCAAGCAAUACGUGGGAUAUGCUUGGAUUUUUCAUCACCGAUCAGGGAAUAUGACAAUGAAAAUGAUGAUUAUGAUGAUGGUUAUGGUGAUGGUGUAGAAAUUCCUCAUAUUACUGGAGCAGAUAGUUUUGAGUUCUCAUCUUCCCUGGACAAGCACUCCGAAGAACAAAACUAGUGGCCUUUUUUCUGGCAUUUUUAUGUUGUUUUCCCAUAUUCAAUUUUACCAAGUAAUGUUUCAUUAAAUUUCUGGUUGGGCAUGUAAUUCUAAUACUAGCAAUGUGUGCCAAUGUUUUGGCCUUAUCAUAUGAUAUUAACCUAGUGGCCUUUUUCCUCA